CCCUCCCUCCCUUCACUGCCUACCCCUCCCCCUCCCCUCCACCCGAGCCGCCGCCUGGGGCCGAUCCGCGCAGCUCCGAACAUGGCUGAAGUCGGGGAGGACACGGGCGCCCGGGCCCUGCUGGCACUGCGCUCGGCGCCCUGCAGCCCGGUGCUGUGCGCCGCGGCCGCUGCGGCCGCCGCUUUCCCCGCGGCGCCGGCGCCCUCGCUGCCGCCUCAGCCCCAGCCGCCUCCGCCGCCGCCGCCACCGCCGCCGCCGCCGGCGUCCGCCGCUCCCCGGCGGCGCCCCAACAGCCGGCGCCCCACGCUGCCGCUGCCGCUGCCGCCGCCGCCGCCGCCCGCGGGCCUGGGGGGAGCCCCGGCCGGCCCGGCCGCCGGGGGAGCGGCGGCGGCGGCGGCGGCGGCGGCGGCGGCCUCGGUGCGGCAGAGCCCCGGGCCGGCCCUGGCCCGGCUGGAGGGCCGCGAGUUCGAGUUCCUCAUGCGGCAGCCCGCCGUCACCAUCGGCCGCAACUCGUCGCAGGGCUCCGUAGACCUCAAUAUGGGUCACUCGAGCUUCAUCUCCCGCCGCCACCUGCAGCUCAGCUUCCAGGAGCCGCACUUCUACCUGCGCUGCCUCGGCAAGAACGGCGUCUUCGUGGACGGGGCCUUCCAGCGAAGGGGCGCCCCGGCCUUGCAGCUCCCCAAGCAAUGUACCUUUCGAUUUCCUAGUACGGUUAUAAAGAUACAGUUCACAUCUCUGUACCAUAAAGAAGAAGCUCCACCAUCUCCCCUUCGACCUCUUUACCCUCAAAUCUCCCCUCUGAAGAUCCACAUUCCGGAGCCGGAUCUCCGGACCCUAGUCAGUCCCAUUCCUUCUCCUACUGGCACUAUCAGUGUUCCCAACUCCUGCCCAGCCAGUCCUCGUGGUGCUGGAUCCUCAGGCUAUCGCUUCGUUCAGAAUGUCACCUCGGACCUGCAGCUGGCUGCAGAAUUUGCAGCAAAGGCAGCAUCAGAGCAACAGGCAGACACAUCUGGAGGGGACAGCCCGAAGGAUGAAUCAAAACCACCAUAUUCUUAUGCUCAGCUAAUAGUUCAGGCUAUAUCCUCAGCCCAAGACAGACAGUUAACACUAAGUGGGAUUUAUGCCCAUAUCACCAAGCAUUACCCUUACUACAGGACUGCUGACAAGGGCUGGCAGAAUUCUAUUCGACAUAACCUCUCCUUGAACCGAUAUUUUAUUAAAGUCCCACGUUCUCAGGAGGAACCUGGAAAGGGCUCCUUUUGGAGAAUUGAUCCAGCAUCAGAAGCCAAACUAGUAGAACAGGCAUUCCGAAAACGGAGACAGAGAGGAGUUUCCUGUUUUCGAACCCCUUUUGGACCCUUAUCAUCAAGGAGUGCUCCGGCUUCACCUACUCAUCCAGGGCUAAUGUCCCCGCAUUCUAGUGGCCUACAGACUCCAGAGUGCCUGUCUCGGGAGGGUUCACCCAUUCCACAUGACCAUGAUUUUGGGUCAAAGUUAGCCUCUGUUCCAGAGUAUCGAUAUUCACAAAGUGCACCUGGUUCUCCUGUUAGUGCUCAGCCAGUGAUAAUGGCUGUUCCUCCUCGACCAUCUAAUCUUGUGGCCAAACCAGUUGCUUACAUGCCAGCUUCAAUAGUAACUUCACAGCAGCCUUCUGGUCAUGCAAUUCAUGUUGUGCAGCAAGCUCCCACUGUUACAAUGGUCAGAGUUGUGACCACAUCUGCUAAUUCAGCUAAUGGAUACAUACUUACUAGUCAGGGCACAGCAGGAAAUAGCCACGAAACAGCAGGCACAGUUUUGGACUUGGGCGGUGAACCAAGAGCAUUGGAAGAUAAGCCUACAAUUGCAUUCGCGACAAUUCCAACAGCCAGUCGAGUCAUCCAGACAGUUGCUAGUCAGAUGGCUCAGGGAGUUCCAGGACAAACAGUUACAAUACUUCAGCCAGCAACACCAGUGACCAUUGGGCAACACCAGCUCCCAGUUAGGGCAGUGACACAAAAUGGAAAGCAUGCUGUUCCUACCAACAGCAUCUCUGGCACUUCUUAUGCCCUUACAAAUCCACUGCAACUUCUUGCAGCCCAGGCUAGCUCCUCCACUCCUGUGGUGGUUACACGGGUGUGUGAAGUGGGCCCUGAAGACUCAGCAACCUCCUCAGGGGAGCCAGAUGUCAAAAGACCUCGGUUGGAGGAACCCAGUGGAACUGUUGUGGCACAGGCAGGGGUUAUCACAUCUACAACCCCACAAGGGCAAGGAACCGGUGAAUGAAGUACCUGGGAAAGGAGCUGGAAUGUAGGUGGAGCAGAAGGCCCAUCAAGAGAAAUGGUAGAACAGAAGUGUAACUGCCUAAACAGCCACUUAUCUUAACGUGAGAUAGGAAAGAAAGCUCCACAGCUCAUCAGAUCUUGAGGUGCCAAACAGAUUGGAAAAAGCUUGGGAAAAGCUUCCAUCUACCUGUACCUGGAAUUCAGUUCAGCCUUUACUUUUGUUUUUCUCUUCCAUACCUUUUAGUUAAAAAACAACAACAAAAAAAAACAACAAAACAAAAAACCCACAUAAACAAAUACAGACAACUGAUUGUAUGACUGCUGGGAAUUUUUUUUUUCCCAGCACCUCCUGUUUUUCCCCGGCUUCAAGAUUGGGGAAGAGAUUGCAGUUCAGUAUCUCAAGGAAUGUAUCACAAAUAUCUGCUCCACAAGAAGAAGGUUCCUUAUUUCUCCAAUGCCUUAAUGCUGCCUCUCAGAGUUUGACAUUGAUGUUCUUAAGGAAGCAGCCUUGACCAUCACAAGAAGUCUGACACAGGUUAUCAUAGUGACAGCAUUAAAGUAGUAUGGUACCCAACAAACAAUCCUUUUAAAGAAAAAUAAUUGUAUUUAGAAUGAAUUCUUAUUUAUGUGUAGGAGGUUGAGAAGAGGCUGUUGGGGUGGGGACCAGGGGGUAGAACAACAGAAAUUGACCAAUUUGUUAUUUCAUAAAUGUCUUUUUUCAUAGAAAGGCAAAAGAGAAGGUAUUGAUAUUAGUAUUAUUUUUAACUGGUUUGGUUUUGACACCACAAUGUUUCUUGCUUUUUGUUCAGACUUGUACCAUCUGUUUUUAAGCUAAGCCUAUAUGCAUCUUGGACAAAAGUUGAGGGAAUGUCUCGCCCCCUUUUUUGUUUUUGUUUUUAAUUUUACAUGCAUGAUGCAUGCAUUAAUCACACCAUGGAGUUAAUCCACAGCUAUAACUGUUAAUGUCAUGUUAGGGGAAAUUUUGAUAGCUUCUUGUAUUAGAACAUGUAUUUGCCUCAGAACUGAUCCAAGUCCUUUGGUUGGAAGAUUGGUGAAAAGCUGAUGAACUACAUUAUAACAAUAUAUACAGAUUUUAGUAUUUGGAGUGAAUGUUAAUCAGAACUGAGUCUCUGUGCUGUCUUCACUGCAUUAGUAGUAAUGUUCCAUUAUAGCUAGAUGUUCAUAGACAGAACUAUGUGGCUCACUUGAUGUGAAAGAAAAUGGAGCAGAGAUUUCUCAGAUGUUUCACAAAAAAUUGAAUUGUUCUCCCCAUGACCUAAUGUAAGACUUGAUAUUCUCAGCAUAGCUGGAUGCAGUUUUAUAAUCUUAAUCUUUUUUAUUUAAAUUUUACCCAUUUCCAAUUUUGUUUCACAACUUAUCAUUGCAGUUCAAAAAUAUUUCCUUUAUCUAAAAGACCAAAAUCUUUGGGGUCAAUUCAAGGUAAUGGAAACUACCUUCCCAAAUAAUGAGGUUGCUUAAUGGUAUUCAUCUUCUCCCAGGAUUAAAUCACCCUGCCUGAAUUUGCUUUGUGGCUAAAAAGAAAGAAGGAAAGAAAAGUGUUUUCUAAAGAUGGGAAGCAAACAAAGUGCUUCAGUAUAAUAAAUUUAUCUUCCUUUGGAAAAUGUCUUCUAAACUUGUACAGUUGGCAGUUUCAGCCAUAUCAGGAAUGUUGAAAAGAGGUAGAAACAUAUGGAAUGUUAUCAUCUGUUCAGAUUUUAUCGAUCUGUUUUCCUGAGCAGUGUGCAUGAGAGAUGAAGGAAUGCUUCUGUUAGAAAAGUAUCUUAAUUUGCUAAAUAUUUUGAUGCUGUUUCUCCUAAUAGUUAUCAUGAGGAGAAAAAAAUGCUGUACACAAAACUGAAGUAUCAGGAAAUGUUUUUUCUUUUUCUUUUUGGAGGGAAAUGGUGGAGGGAAACAAAAACCACCUUUCCCUUCCUCCAACCAAUUUAUUGUCUUAAGAUUUGGGUCAUCUCUAUAAGCCCUGUUAGAAAAACUGCAAUAGUGUUCAAAACUUCCCCAUAAAAUAUGAGACAAAGACAAGAAAAUUUCAUAGGAAUUAGGAACUAACCUGUAAUUUUCUUCUUUAAAACAAAAGAAUUAACUUUUUAAAAAAUAUAUUUAAAACAAUGGGCAUUAAGUCCACUUUAGAGACUAACAAUUUGCAGUCAGAACCCAUUGAAAUUUAAUUCAGAGAUUUAAGAGGAAGAUGAUCUGUUAAGAGAGACACUAAGGAAAAAUAGCUCUGCCACAAAUGCCCUUUACACUGUUGUGUGUUCUCUUCGGUCAGGAUCAGAGGGAACUGGCUCCUCUUAAAAAAAAAAAAUUACUGAGCCCUUUAUGAAAUGCUCAGUUUUGCCCAAUAAAGGAAAAAAAAAUGUAUAUGUGACUAAAUUUUAAAAAGGUACCACAGCCACAAAAAUUUUAUUGACAUCCAUGCAAUAUUAAAUAUGAAAAAAGUUUCAGAGCAGUGGAAAUGAGAUAACCAGCAAUGUUGUUCUCAGAGAUACUUUCCCCACCUUUAAUGAUGAUAAAUUAUGCUCUAUUCCACACUUCCAUUUUCUUAAAUUUGUGUGUGUGUGUGUGUGUGUGUGUGUGUGUGUGUGUGAGAGAGAGAGAGAGAGAGAGAGACAGAGAAAUAUUAGACUGGUGACAAAGAGAAUGAAAAAAGGAUGAGUGGUGAAUUAAUUGCUAUCAGGCAGGUUUCAUUCUGCACUAACAACUUCAGUUACUAAUAAAGCCAGGGCCUUGUUCAGGUUAGUGGAUCUGUAAUUAGUGAAUUUUUAGGGCCACCAAUUGCUUUUUUAAUCAUCUGUAAUUGGUGUUUGUUCGUUCUAAGUAUUUCUUAUAUAUAGCCUAGGAGAUGAAAAGGGCUUAAGGUGGUGGGAGCUAUAUUUGAUCUUCAGUUAGCAUGGCUAUCACAGAUUUUUCUCCUUUCCAAGUUGAGAUUUUCUUCAGAGAACACUCAUGUUGAGAGGUUAGAAGAAAAUGGUAGCUUAUGUAUUAUUUUUAACUGUUUUUGUUUCUGUCUUUUGCUUCAUAUGAACUUAUUGCUCCCAUAGUUUAUUUUAUCUGCUUUAUCUGUACAAAUUUAGUCUUAGUAAUGGUUGGUCCACAACUAGAAGGGAAAAAGAUGGUGAGAAGGGUAAGAGAAAAACAGAUUUUCAAUGAAAGGAAUUUCCCCUUGAGAUUUUUAGCACCUUAAGCUUCUGUAAGAAUUGCAUGGUGAAGGAAAUAAAAAGGAAAGAGGUCAGGAGAAAAGUGUUUGGCAUUGGGGAAAUCAUUACCUGUACAAAAUCUUUUUUAUUUUAUGAUAACUUUAGAAAGGUUUAGAUUAUAGGCAGGAAACAACUGCCUUAUAUCUUCUAAGCCAGUAUUUGUGGCAAAGAUAUCGGGCAGAAAUGCCAAAGUGGGAUGUGUGGUGGCUUUAGAAAUUCCUGGAAGGAACCUUUUAUCAUUUGGGAUUGAGGCAGGGAAAAAAUAGUGUAUAUCUAAAUGUGUUUAAUAAGUGCUGCUCCAAUUCUGGAAUUCAUCUGAUCUUUGUCUUUUUUUCAUUCGGGUACAUGUGUACACAUUUGCCUCUUGCCCUUUAUGGCUCCCCUUCUUUGCUUCCAAUCUGAAAAGAAAGCAGGAAAUUUACAUAUAAAGAACUUUUAAUUUUUAAGAAUCCAGGAAAACAUACUUAAAUAAAGUGUGUACACACACACACACACACACACACACACCCCUCUCUCCUUCCUCCAAAAAGAAUUCUACCAGUUAGCUUAAAUGUAUUCAUUCUCCUCUUUAUUUUCCUUAAAUGUAUUUUGUGGUGAUGUUGGAAUAUUUAAGAACAGUUCUUCACAAUUGACAAGCCCUUAGAACAGUUGGUAGACAAUUUUUAACUGUGUGUUGGUAUUUGGAUAUCAAUUUGUAGAAACUUAUCACCUAUCUUCUUUUAUUAUUAAAGGCAUCACAACCAAAGGUUAUGCUUCAGUAAUCAAUAUGUGAUUAAUGUUAAGCACCAAAGGUCAGUAAUUUUAUGUUAUUAUUUAUUGAAUCUACACAUGAUAGAGCAUUAUACUAAGCACUGUGGGGAGAUACAGAAGAAAUAUAAAUUCUUAACCUCAAGGAGUUUACUAAUCUAAUGUUUUGUCCCAUGAGUUUACCUCUUUCUAUCAGAACAAUAUCCAUCUAUUGUAUCAGAACAAAAAACAUUCUUUUUUUUUCCCCCACUCAGUGAUUUUUUUUAAACUAUUAGAACAUUUUGCCCAAAUCUCAAUUCUUUUUCCUCUAAGCAGAAUAUAAAAUAUAAUUUAAAUGACUGUUGGGAACUCAGAUGCAUCAUUCUCUUAUUUUAUCUGAGUUCUUUAAAUAAACAUGUAUGUAUAUAUAUAUUUAAAUUUUACACACACUCACAUACACACAUAUUCCCUCAUUUGGUUUGGGGAAAAAAAAAAUAUCUCCCCCGUCCUCCAAAUUGGGAGAACUGCCUUAGUUUAAAAAAACAAAAUCAUUGAAAUUUACCAAAAUAGUGUUCCAAACACACUUUUUCUUCUUAUAAGUGUUUGUUUCUCUGUCAUAUCCAUUACAAUAGUAACUAGUACUUUCAAAUUUGUCUACUGUUUAGUGGUAGCUUUACCCCUUGGAUGAAUUGCAUUUUAAGGUGAUCUAAAUCCAUUUCUCAGAGAAGAGAUUGGAAGCAUUUCCAACUAAUAGAUGGGAAUAAAGAAAAUGUAGAAUGAAUAGUGACUUCUACUUCUGGAAUAAUGUCCUGUCAAUUUUCCUGAGGGCAGGUGGUUUUGUGAUUGAUUUUAAGUGCUUACUGAGCCUUUUUUCUAUCAUUUACCACCCACCCUUUUCUUUCUCCCCUCCUCCAAUAAAUAAAACAGCAAAAGAAAAAUUUUAGAAGUGAAAGGAAUAUCACAAUCAUUAUGCUUGCAUGCUUAUACUAUUCAAAAUAAGUGACGUUGUUGUUUAGACUACUAUAUGGGUGUACAAGCAUUUUGCAUGACAACUUUGUUAAGUCGUAAGGCCACGAGACAUAUUCCAUUAAUUGUCAUUGGAGUAUUUUUUGGGCAGAGUGGAAUGGGAUUUCAUCUGACUUUUGUUAUUUCUUCAAAAUAAUUAAAAGACUACCAUGAAGUUGACAUUUCAGAGUGUGGUGUGUGGGAUCAACUGGUUUUAGUAGAAACUUAGUUUUCCUUACAUCCUUUUUAUUCAGCAUAAGUUGUGGUAAUUUGGAGAGUUCUGAUAAGAGCCUUUUUGUUUUGUAUUUUCUAAAAUGUUAUAAGUAUUUUUACUUUGUAGUCAUAUUAAUUGAAACCCACAGCAGGUUUCAUAUCAUUACCUUUCAUACAAAUUUUGGCUAAAUGUGGAAAAGCAUUAGAAGAGUCUUCUUUCUAUUAGUUAUUAAACAAGCAGAAUUUGAACCAAAAAAGCAUCUUGUUUGCCUCUCUUCCUCUGAGAGAAUAUCUACUUUAGGAAAAUUCUGUACCCUCUGGAUAUUUUUUAAAAAAUAUUUUAAAACAACCAUUGUGCAUAUGUCUGUUUCUUGUACCUCUCUGCUAAAGAGAGCAUUAUUAAUGACUGGCCAAAAUGAUUGUAAAACACUUUGCAAAUAUAAAGGCUAUAUGAAUGAUAAAUGGUGUCAUCAUCAUUGUCUUGGGUUAUACCUCAAUGAUACAUAAAUAGAAAUUAAAGCCCUAGUUUAUUUAAUCCACAAUUUAGUGUUUUUUCUUAUGAGAAUUUUUAGCUAUAACCUUAUUGUGAAUAGUCUUUAGUAUCACCUAGGAACAAUGCUAUUUAAUAAGCAUUUUAGUUUUCUUGCUGCUACAGAGACCAAAUUGUUAUAUACAUUGGACACGAGUGCUUCAGAGAUUCAUUUAAUCUUGAGAUAAAGGUUAAAUAAACUUCCAGAGGAAGUGUCUUGACUUAAUCAGAAUCACUUUGUUUUUCUACUUCCCACUAUUUCUGAAUUUUGCCCUUAUAUUUAUGACACUCAUUAAGAGUUCUUUCCCCAUAACUUUUUUUCAGUAUCAGGUUUUUGUUUUUGUUUUUUAAUGCUCAGGAUAUGGUUCUGUUCAUCCUUACUGUUCAUUGUAUCUCUUCUCAGUUUGAUACGACAACUUUCUAGAUUUUAUCUUCAGAUAAAAUGAAACAUUACUACAUUUAGUGGUCAGUAAAUAACUUAGAAAUGUUGCAUUACAAGAAUUCUCCAUUGUGGUGUAUAAUUUCAUGCAGGGAGACAAUGCCUAUGCUCCCUGAGUGUACCUCACAUCCCAGGCUCCUGCUUCAGUUUGGGGGAGUUUGGUCAGGAUAUCGCUUUCUUUGGAUCAACAUCCAUUAAGUAACUCCUCUCAUGUAUCUAUUUGACUUCACUGAAGCAGCUGUUGGGUCUUCUCUGCUUGUUUCAUGGCACAUUACAUCUGCCUCAAGGAUCCUAUUUAGCACAGUACAGUUAUAGCAAAAUUUCCAUCCCAAUUACUUGGAAGAAUGGUGUUCAUUACCUAACCAUUAAGGUUCCCUCUUACCUGCACACUGAAAUAGCCAUUUCACUGGGCAUGUUGGGAAAGCAAUUCCUUAAGCUAAAGAGAAAAUUUGAGGUAUAAUUUUGAUUUAAUUUUUUAAAGGCAUUAAUUUAUUUAGGAUGUGGUGUUGGAAGUCUCAGAUUGAAGAAAGGAGAUUUUUUUUUUUAAUAACUUUAUUUAAAAUCUUGCUGCUGGGAAAGAUAUAAGGAUCUUCUAACGUCCCUUUCCUAACCUAACCCCCUUUAUUCAGAAACAAGCCAUGAAUUCAUUAAAAGAACAGAAAAUAAAUUCCCUCACAUUUAUGUUCUAGAUUCUCUUUUUAAACACAUUGAUAAACAUACAUGUGUAUGUAUACACACAUACACAUAUACAUAUAUGCAAAUAUAUGUAUAUAAAAUAUGAUGUAUAUGUUUGUAUUAGUAUACCCUUUGCAUGUAAAUGGUACUUUACAUUUCUUUUAUACAAAUAGAUAUGAAAACCAGGCACUAAUCCUAGGAGAAUGUAAUAUAUAGAGUAUAUAUAGUUUAGGGAAUGGAGAAUUGAGCUGAUAUUGUCCUUAAGACUUUUGUGUCCAGUAACUUUAUCCUUUCUCUUAUCUAAUAGGACUAUAUUGUUUGUCCCUUUGUAUCUCCUUGACCCAAUAGAGAUCCCCUUGUUUCCCUUUAUUCCAUAUAAUCCUGGAUAUAUAAGCUAUGUUUCUAAUGGGAGAGAUUUUAUAACCAUCCUUCAAAUUCAUAUCUCCUAUAAAGUGACAUGGAGAGAAAAAAGAGAAUGCACUUUUGGAAUAGCUGAGUCCUAGGGUCCCUUUAGAUUAUUUUUUUAUACCAUAUCACUGAAAUUCAUAAUUGUUGAAAUAGUCUUUCCUGGUUCCUUCUGAUGAUGACAAAUGAAAAGUACAUUCAAAAGUUAAGAAAGGAUAGCAGGGUUAAUUAAUAUUGAAAAACUAGGUGUUUGUGCAUCUGAAUUUACAUGCAAACUAUAAACAGGAUGUUAUAGUUCUACUCAGAAAAUAUGACUUGGCAGUUAUAAGAGCAACUACUCCAAGUGAUAUUUCUAUUUCCUUUUCUUUCCUGGAGAGACUGAAAUCUAUCCCUGAAGUUUAAUUUGUCUGUGAUGUUUUCCCCUAAAGCUAAUCAUUUAAAAUGUUUUGUGUAAUUAGCAUUUUUAUUGCAUUUCUGACCCUUUGAGUAUAAAUUUCAUUUUAUGAUGUUUGGAGAAGUUUUAACUAACUUGGCAUACUCAUAAGAGUGAGGAACUUUUCCAGUAGGGAUAGAAAGACUUUCAAGCAUUUUCGUUGUAUUUCUUCCAGAAACCCAAUUAAAAUCUUUUCCUAGGAUUUAGUUAGUUUUGGGCAUUUCCACAUAUCUUUCUCAUCCCUUUAAACAAUGGCCAUACCAAUUUUUUCUCCAGCACUUUAGGAAAAAAAUUUUCAGUUUAAAGCCACUUCCUUGAUUUUAUGGGAGAAGUGCCAUUUUCAAAAAUGAUUAGUUUUUCUAUUCUCUUGUUACAGACAAGCUUACAAGCUUUUAGUAGCUUUAGGAUAAAUCAAACUGAGUUGUCCCAUUCUACUUUACUGAGAAGUCAACCAGUUACUUCUUGAUGUCUUACCUUGUAGCAUAUUAGCCAUAUUCAGAUGAUGACACAGGAGUUCUGAAAAUGAAUUCAUAAAAAAUCAGGACUAUUGUAAUGUUUCUGAAAUGUAAAAUGGUAAUUACCAUACAAAGAUGACCUUUAUUUUUAAACUAAUAGGUGGAAAAGUUUUGGUUUGGUUUUGCUUUUUUAAAGAAGCUAAAACAUUUCUGAAUUCUGGAAUGCUUCUUUACUCUGGCAGCAUAGGCAUUUUCAAAUGUGUUUUAGUAAGAUAUAUAGCUAUAUGUGUAUCAGCUACAUUCAGAAGAUGAGAGUUCAUUGUGUUAAGUGUUUGAUGUUCUUAUAUGCAAAGAGGCUUCUGACACACGGGUCUGUCCAUGGUGCACUUUGGCAGUGAGUUUCCAUUUGUUGUGAUGGGGUAUAUUGAACCAGCCAUACUCUCUCAAUCAUUAGCCUUUAUGACGUAUGGCACAAAGUGUGAGCCUACUGAAGUUAUUGAAGUCAGUGGCUGGCUAUUAAGUAAAGUUGUUCUUUUUUCUACCGGAACAUAUGACCUUAGAUUCAGUAGCAUUAUUCUCUAACCAGUAAAAUUACUUGGUUUAGAUAUUAAGCAUCUUAAAUACAUUUGGAAGAACUUUUUAAAUUAAAAAACUUUUUUUGUUUUUCAAGAAAGGCAGUUUUCUCAAAUUUUCUCUCCUUUUAUGUGCAUUAUUUUCUUUAUCACAAAAGACUAGAUGAAAGAAAAAAAAAUUGUAGAUUUCAGAAUAUCUUUAUGGGCUUGGCUAAAUUCAAGAAAACAGAAUCUCAAAUAUCCCUUAAUGACUAAAGAGAUGCUACAUAUAGAGUCUCUUCCUCUGCCUGAGUGUUUGGCACUUAAUUUAAGGGAAUGGAUAAGAUAAAGCCAGCUUUUAUUUGUUUGUUUUUUUCUUAUCCAAACAUGUAAAGAUACUUUUGAGUGUGAGAAUGUGUGCAUAUGUGUGUGUGUUUUUUGUUGUUGUUGUUUUUUUUACAGUGGCUGUUUAAAGUGUUUUUCACAACUUGUUUGAUAAUCAGUGCUUUAAAAAGCAGGUGGUGUCUCUGUAAAGUGGGAGCUUGGGUCUAUGGCAUUGGAUGUAAAUUUUAGGUCAUAUUGUAAUGUCUCACUAUCUGUGGGGGGAAAAACAAACUGGUCUGUUUAUAUGAAUUGUGGGAAACUAAGAAAGAUGUAAAAACCAGCUAACAGGGUGGUGAGGAAAAAGGACUAUCAUAAAGAUGGAAAAACCAGCAUCUAAGGUUAGACCUGUGUUUUCAUUUCAAAUGGGAUACAGUAUUUUUUUUUUUUAUAAGGAGCCAUACUUUUUUUUAAAGUAAUUUGAGAUCUGAAUGUGAUUUCUAAUUGUAUCAGACGUUAAUGUUUUAAAGCUAUAACAAAGUUUAAAAUUUCUACUUUUUUUUUUUUUUCAUUUAUUUUAACUGUUCUGUUAUCUGUUAUCUAAAAUUGAUGUAUGUGGUUGGGAGAAGUUUUGCUUCUCCUCUUAGCAUUUGUUUCUAUAACCAGAAAUAAAAUUAUAUAUUAAAGAGAUGA